AUGUCUUCAACUCUCCAGGCCAAGAAGCAGGAAGUGUACAACAUCACAGGGCCGAUUUGUGCUCCAGUGACGCCUUUCAAGGAAGAUGGUGAACUAAACCUCAGUGUCAUUCCCAAGUACGUGAAGUACCUCGUGAGCAUUGGCGUAAAAGGCUUGUACAUUUCCGGUACAACUGGAGAGGUGUUCAACUUGUCUCUGCAGGAAAAGUUGUUGCUGAUACAAGCUUACAAAGAAGCACUGGACAAGCUACCAAAAGAGCAGAAACUGCUCACUAUGGUACUGGUUAGCUCCACCGUUGUCAAAGAGGUGAUUGAGCUGACAAAAAAGGUGGAAGAGCUGGGCUUCGAUUGUGUUGCCCUGUUGCCGCCCAUUUACUACACAGUGACAACCAAAAAUGAACUGAUCAACUACUUGAAGCUGGUUGCCGAAGCAGCACCAAACACACCUCUGCUCUACUACCACUCGCCGCUGAAAACGGGUGAACUAAAGUUUGUUUUUGAAAACUUUAUUCAGACUGCUAUCGAUGAAAUUCCGCAGUUUACUGCGCUCAAGUUCAGCGACCCAAAUCUGGUCCGCUACGAAUCUUGUCAGAGUCAUUUUGGGGAUAAAGUGAGGUUUUUUGCUGGCAUGAAUGAAAUCUUAUUGCCAGUAGCUUCAUAUGGUGUCAAGUCGGCAAUCUGUUCGUCAUUUAGUCUGGCCAACUGUGUUGGUGCGUACAUUUCUCUUUUGGAAGCAGUGGAGCGAAAUGAUUUAGUACAAGCUCGAAAGGAUCAAAAGCUUGUGGCGGAUACUUGUGCUCGCCUUCGAUCGACUAACUACUUUGCCGCACUAAAAUCACAGCUAAAUGAAGAUUUGGCAAGCUUAGGCAUUUUUGUUGGCAAACCAAGAGCACCAGUGCUGCUGGCUUGA